CGUGCAUACAGGAUCAGGGCGCACACAGUACACAGGGGUUUGUGCUGUGUUUGCCUUUUAUCACACGUGGAUUUGUGUUGCUUUUUGGGACUAUACAAAGAAUGUCAUCAUCUAUAAGUGAUGGGAGCACAGAUCCACUGGUUGCCAGGUUUAAACAGCUGGAAGAGUCAGUGGAGAAGCUACACAAGGAAAACAGGACCCUGAAAAACAAAUUACAGAGCUUCAACACACUCAGCACUUUUUACCACGAAGCCAGACAGCAGAUCAAGAGCCUAAACAUGCAGAUGGCAACAAAGGACAACAUAAUUCAGGGACUGAAGGCUGCUCAGGGCAGCUCGGAAGGACCUCAUUUGGAUCCUUCUAAGUCACUAGUGGAAAGUUUGCUGGAUCAGCUAAACAAAGUAAAGGGGCACCUGAAGGAGACAGAGAGGACUUCAGAAGAGAAGGUGGCGACUCUCACCCAGGAAGCGCAGAGACUCCGCCAACAGCUGGAACAGAAAGCAAAUCAAAUGGAACAAAUCACCAGUUGGCCUCAGCAUGAGAAGGAGAUGGAAAUCUGUCGACUCCAAAGGACGCUGGCCGAGAAGGAGCGAGUACAGGCGACUAGCGAGGUUUUGUGCCGAUCACUAUCAGAUGAGACCCAUCAGCUCCGUCGCAAACUGGCAGCCACCGCGGAAAUGUGUCAGCAGUUGGUCAAGGCCCUUGAGGAAACUCAUAGAAAAGAAAGUACAAAUGAAGAAAACACCGAAAGACCCUGUAAAAUCCCUCACACGGACAGCGACGCAGAGAUAUCUCUACACAAACUCCAAGAAGAAAACAGAUUAUUAAAACAGAAAAUUGCUCGGGUGGAAGAUUUAAAUGCCAAGUGGCAGAGGUAUGACGCAAGCCGGGAAGAGUAUGUAAAGGGGCUUCAUAUGCAGCUAAAAGAGAUGAAGGUGAAAAGCGAACAGCAAAAAUCAUCGCACAGUGCUCAGACUCAUGCAGACCUUGUGCAGAAAGAAAUCAUUAGGCUGAACAAUUUGCUGGAAGAGAAGAUGAAUGAAGAAAGUAAACUUAAACAAGAAAUCGAAGAAACGGCCAAUACAAGAAUUGCAGAUGGGGAGCGUAUACAAAUGCUGGAACAACAGUUACUCGUUUACAAAGAUGAUUUCACGUCAGAAAGAGCAGAUCGGGAAAGAGCACAAAGCAGAAUCCAGGAGCUCAUGGAGGAAAUUACUUGUCUGCGAUGUCAAACAACGAGAUCGAGUGAAAGAGCAGAAGCCGGACAGUUUCAGAUUCAUAUCGGCAACAAGAAUAAAAUGUUCAUCCAGAAAAAUGCAACUGAACCGGUUAGGAAAAACAGCUCAGAUACAGUGGAUGCAAGGAGGCAGAAUACACUGACAGAACAAACCGCAGUUCACAAACAUUCUAACUCAGAAAGACGGGGACAGGACGAACUUCAGUGUCCUCGCUGCCUGAGAUUCUUUCAGGACAAGUUAGGUGAAAAUUUUCUUGAGCACAUCUCUGAAUGUUGCCAGUGACAAUUGCAAAGCUGGUAACCACUCUAUACAACCACUACCUGGUGUGGGCAUGUCAAUGUCCAUACAUCUGCUGCUCUUUUGAUAUAAAAGUACUGUGACUUUAUUUUUUUACCUCAAAUAACAAAUGGGAAGUACACUUUAGAGAAGCGGGAGCAAAAAAUACUAUGAAAGAACGGUUAUUGGAGGAUAUGAAAUAUGUUUAAAAACAGUGGGUACAUGGAACCUUUCAUAUAAAGAGAUUAUAAUAACUAAUACAUUAAAUGAAAGUGGACAUACUUUGAAUAGAUAGAAGAAUAUAACCAACACAACAAUAUUUAAAAAAAAAAAGACUUGUAGAACUGACAGAGCAGAUAGGCCAAUAGGUUAUCUGCUGUGAAAUACUGUGCUUUCUAGAACUACAUUAUUAGAACAGGAAAUCCUCUUAAAGUACGCAAUGUACAGUACUAGAAGAACGAAUUUCCUCCCAGUUUCCUUUGCUUGUACACUGACAAAUUCUUUAAUUUAUGUGCCUUUAUUAGCACUACAAAAACAUGCUUUAGGAAAACAAAAUUAAAGAGCCAGCAUAUAAAGCCAAAUACAAGUUUCAAAACAUGCAACAGUCUGUGCUGAUUUCUAAAAAGCAAACGGGCGAUACCUAGUUAACUUGUUAUCCAAUAAACAACUAGAAGGGAUUUAAACCCACUUUUAUAGCCAACUGCUGCUCAAAGGUUCUUUAAUAUUUGUUUUGGUUGCUGGAAAUGGUCUUUUUGUUUCCAUAUUGUAAUGUGAAAACUAAGCACUAUUCUAUAGUGUGAUUCCCAAUAUUGUUAACUCGCUUGUACAACCCUUGUGUAUUUGCACAUCUCCUGUGUAUGGCUGGGAUUAUUAUAAGUGGAAAGCUGUAUGUUUCUUAAGCAAAUGUGUUCCUAGUAAUGUGUGAUAGGGUUAUGUCACUAUUUUUAUGUAAUGAAAUUGUAGAAAAUGAUAUAUAUUUUUUUAAAAUAACAUAAUUUGCACUGAAUAUUUUCUUUGUUACUGUAUUUUUAUGUUUCAUCUGUGUUUUUACUUGUAUAAUUCUUAUUUAUUUAUUCUAAGCAUAUAUAAAAUCAUAUUUUUAUAAUAAAACAUUAUUUAUUUAA